CUUCCCACUCCUCGUCCCUCAGAUCCGACCAAUCAGCGAUCAGCCUACAGAAGUAACGUAGUGAAAGUUUUUAAAAAGAGGCGCGAUCAAGAUGGCGGAAGAGUCAUUGGAAAGUUCCUCGGCGAAGGCUUUAGUUAGCCUAAAAGAGGGCAAAGGUUGCUACAGGACGCCCCCUCGACGAGGAAAUCCUCAGAGAAUCCGGAAGAAAAACUCUCGGUUUUACAAUGAAGAAGAAGAAUCUGGUUAUUGUAUCAAAACUCCGAAGAAACAAGCGAAAACACCCACAUCCAAUUUGUCGACAUCGUGUGGUCAUGAGUUCAAAACCCAGUUACCCUCCUCCAUCAAGUACAAUAGACUUUCCAGCUCGCCUGACAAAAAGAAAGCAUAUGCAAUUGGCAUCCCUCUCCGCAACCUGCUCAAGUUACCUAAAGCUCACCGAUGGGUCUGUUACGAAUGGUUCUACUCAAAUUUAGAUAUGCCUUUAUUUCAAGGAGAAAAUGAGUUUUGCAGUUGUUUGAGGGAGUCUUUCCCACAGCUUAAAACCAAGCUUUUACGGAGGGUAGAAUGGUGCAAGAUUCGACGCCUCAUGGGUAAACCUCGCAGGUGUUCAGCAGCUUUCUUCAAAGAGGAACGUGAUGCUCUUGACCAGCGACGUUGUAAAAUCCGGUUACUACAGCAGAGGAAACUGCGGGAGUUGACGAACUUUAAGGACUUGCCAGAAGAGAUACCCAUGCAUUUGGUCAUCGGAACCAAAGUAACAGCACGGUUCAGGAAGGUGCAAGAUGGUUUGUUCACGGGGUCUGUGGAAGCCCUGGACACUGUUAAUAACACGUAUAGAGUGAUCUUCGACCGAGCUGGCUUGGGUACGCAUUCCAUCUCAGACUACGAGGUUUUGAGCACAAGUCCACAGGAAACGACACCAUUAUCAGCCUUUCAGCAGCGGCACCGAUCCAAGUUGACGACAUCCCAUCCUCCGAGGUUUGCUCCUCGGAUAGGGUCACCCAGCCACCAGUUGGAGAACGAUCCCCUUCUCAGCAGUUCUCCCAUAAAAACCCAGUUUCGGAGUUUAGAAGGGGCCACUUAUGGAGGGUUUCCAGUGAAGUUUUUGUUACAUGUUAUUAAAUUAUCAAAAAUACUCUUAAUGAAAAAAGAUUGGAUAAAGAAAUUAAAAGAAAUGAACUGUCACGCGGAAAAGUUUGAAUCAUUACAGAAACCAAUUACCUAUGAAUUCCAGCGGAAGUACGCUGGUGUCGUCCUUGAACUGGAACGUUUAAACAAGGAAUUACAGAAAUACCUUAACAGUGUGCAGCACUUCUGCCAGGAGAUUGUUCCUGAACAGGGCCUACCUGCGAUAGACCAACCGUCGGAGAUUAAGCAGAGAUGUGAGGACGAGGCCCAGAGAAUGGUUGAGAAGGUUCGCCUGACUUCCUUCAUCAAUGCCAAGACUGCCAAGAAUGAACAGAUGAUGAAAUUAAUAAUUAAUCUCACAUCUUUGAUGUUACAAGUCAAGACAUUUGCUGAAAAUGAUUUCAAUUCCUUUGAGUUCUGUUCCCUUCAAGACAGUUUGGAUGAUAUCAAGAAAAGUUUGGAUGGCAAUAACAUAAAUUCUUUCCAGAACAACGUGGAAAUUCACAUCAACCAUAUCCAGAGUGGACUGAGCCAAAUGGGAAACCUUCACGCCUUCUCCACCACUGCCAGUUUCACUACUCCGACGACCCCUGACUACAACCCCUGUAACCUUUGACUUCCAACCCCCUCCCCACCACUCUGUUGUUGUUUGUGGGUAUGCUUGUGUAUGUGUCUGUUUGUGUGUAUAUGUGAAUGUGUUUGCGUGUGUGUGUGUGCGUGCGUGCAUGUGUACUUGUGUGUGUGUGUGAUCCCAGCAGUUCUAAUAUCAAUCCUAACGCUCUCGCCUCUCCUUCCUCCUCUUCUCCUUUCCUCUCAUUCUCGCCAGUCGCUGGGCUGUGGUGAGGAUUGGGACGACCUGUGGCUUGAACUCCCUGUGUACAGUUUCUGUAGAUAUUUUUCAUUUGAUCUUACAGGUGAACCCUGACCCCUGAUUAUUUAUUCAACUUAUUGCAGAAUUUAUUUUGGCGUGUGAACACACACGCACACACACACACACACACACACACACACGCACACACACGCACACG